AUGGCGGCCGUGGGAGCUUCGGGGGGCUCGACGGGGGCGGGAAGCGGCGGCGGCGGCGCUGGGUCGGCCCCGUCCUCCUCCUCCUCCUCAGUGGCGGCAGCAGCAGCGGCUCCGUCGCAGCCGCCGCCGUCGCAGCCGGCGGGGGCGAGCGGGGCGGAGGCCAGCACGGCCGCGGCGACGACGACCACCACGACGAGCGCGACCACCAGCGCCACGGGCGGCGGCGGCGGCUCCUCGGCGUCGUCGUCGUCUUCCUCGGCGGCGUCUGGCGUGGGCGGCUCAUCGUCGGGGACGUCGGAGUCGUGGUACGUGGCGCUGCUGGGCCUGGCCGAGCACUUCCGCACGUCCAGCCCGCCCAAGGUGCGCCUGUGCGUCCACUGCCUCCAGGCCGUGCUGCCCCGCAAGCCCCCCGCCCGCGUCGAGGCCCGCACCCACCUCCAGCUCGGCUCCGUCCUCUACCAUCACACGCGCAACGGGGAGCAGGCCCGCGGGCACCUCGAGAAAGCGUGGUUGAUAUCCCAGCAAAUCCCUCAGUUUGAGGAUGUCAAGUUUGAAGCAGCCAGCCUCCUCUCCGAGCUAUACUGUCAAGAGAACUCAGUUGAUGCAGCGAAGCCGUUGCUGCGUAAGGCCAUCCAGAUUUCACAGCAAACUCCGUACUGGCACUGCCGCCUCCUCUUCCAGCUUGCACAACUGCACACGCUUGAAAAAGAUUUAGUGUCAGCUUGUGAUCUUUUGGGAGUUGGAGCAGAAUAUGCCCGGGUGGUUGGGUCAGAAUACACAAGAGCAUUGUUUCUACUCAGUAAAGGCAUGCUGCUUCUCAUGGAGAGGAAACUGCAGGAGGUCCACCCGCUGCUGACUCUCUGUGGGCAGAUUGUGGAGAACUGGCAGGGAAACCCCAUUCAGAAGGAGUCGCUGCGGGUGUUCUUCUUGGUGCUGCAGGUGACGCACUACCUGGAUGCCGGUCAGGUGAAGAGCGUCAAGCCAUGCCUGAAGCAACUUCAGCAGUGCAUCCAGACCAUUUCAACGCUCCACGAUGAUGAGAUCCUGCCCAGCAACCCUGCAGAUCUCUUCCACUGGCUGCCCAAGGAGCACAUGUGUGUGCUGGUCUAUUUGGUGACAGUGAUGCACUCAAUGCAAGCCGGCUACUUGGAGAAGGCUCAAAAGUACACUGACAAAGCGCUUAUGCAGUUGGAGAAACUCAAAAUGCUGGACUGCAGCCCGAUCUUAUCAUCCUUCCAAGUGAUUUUGCUAGAGCAUAUCAUCAUGUGCCGGCUUGUCACAGGGCACAAAGCUACAGCAUUGCAAGAGAUCUCUCAGGUUUGCCAGCUCUGCCAGCAGUCUCCCAGGCUCUUUUCUAACCAUGCGGCUCAGCUGCACACUCUUCUGGGGCUGUACUGCAUUUCUGUCAACUGCAUGGACAACGCGGAAGCGCAGUUCACCACAGCACUGCGGCUGACCACCCAUCAGGAGUUGUGGGCGUUCAUCGUGACAAACUUGGCCAGUGUCUACAUCAGGGAAGGCAACCGGCAUCAGGAGCUUUACAGUUUGUUGGAAAGGAUAAAUCCAGACCACAACUUCCCUGUCAGCUCCCAUUGCUUGCGGGCUGCUGCCUUCUACAUCCGAGGACUCUUCUCCUUUUUCCAGGGGAGGUACAAUGAAGCCAAGCGUUUUUUACGGGAAACCUUGAAAAUGUCAAACGCAGAAGACCUGAACCGCUUAACAGCCUGCUCGCUUGUUCUCCUGGGUCACAUCUUCUACGUACUGGGGAAUCACCGGGAGAGUAACAACAUGGUGGUCCCAGCCAUGCAGCUUGCCAGCAAAAUCCCAGACAUGUCUGUGCAGCUGUGGUCUUCAGCUCUCUUGAGGGAUCUGAACAAAGCAUGUGGGAAUGCAAUUGAUGCCCACGAAGCAGCCCAGAUGCACCAGAACUUCUCUCAGCAGCUGCUCCAAGACCACAUUGAGGCUUGUAGCCUCCCAGAGCACAACCUCAUCACGUGGACAGACGGACCACCUCCUGUACAGUUUCAGGCACAAAACGGACCCACAACCAGCCUGGCCAGUCUUUUGUGAGAGUGCGACAUGUUGCCUAAAAAUAAGACAACUUUCCUUAACACUGAGCUUUUUUUACACAACGGAUGGGCUGCAGAUCCCUCUUCUCAUGGGAUAUCUCUAGGAUUCCUCUUCUAGACCCUUGCCGGAGAUGCGCUGGGAGCACAUUUCAGAGACUCACCGGUGUGAUGCAGGCAUUUGGAGCUCUUCAGAUUUCCGUGUGGGAGUGCGUCACUUGAGCUGUGUGUGUGCUUGUGUUUGCAUGGAGUGUUGUGAGAGGUGGGAGGGCAGCUUUCAUUGCAUACCCCUUCCUGUUGCUCAGAAUUAGGUUUUACAUUAUUCAGAAACAGACCUCCUUCCAUUGGACUGGAUCUUAGCAUUUUUAAAAAAUAAUGAAACCCUCCAAUUAUGAAGGAAAGACCCAGCAUUGGUAGAAAGAAGGGGUUUAAAAAGCCUCAAGCUUCCUCUUGGAGAAUUAAAACGCAUCCCCGAAAAUCCCGCAGUUAUUCUUUUAACCUGUGCUGCAUAACCCUGAUUGUGCCUGAAGAUGUUAGAUUGUCUUUCGAUGAAGGUCCAGAGGUCGGUGGGCUGUUCAACAUCAGUAUUGCAGGCUGAAUGCUUGCUGUUUGCCUGGUUGUGGCUGCCUCUCACGUGGGAGCUAGUGCUGUGGGCAGUUGUGCACUUUUGAAAAGACCAGCACGUAGAGGGUAGAAAGAAAGCAGCUGUUUUUGUGCAGUGCUUUAAAGAAUCUUCGAACUCCAUCUUUGAGGGGAGUGGCCAGAACUGAGUCCAAAGAGACUUCAGGAUAAUCUGAGCUCCCCCCAUAACUCUCCUUUCGCUCCCCAGAAGGACGCAUCUAAUCCCUUCUGCCUUCUACAGUGCUUUUUGUUCAGGUUUCCUGGUCUCUGCUGUAAUUGCCUCCCAUAGCAACCAGUGCUACUUUUCCAGAUUGACAGUUAACACUCCCGAUGAACCCGGAAUUUACAGAUGGAUGCUUACAGUAAGGGCUUCCAGGAGAAAGCGCUACUGAGUGCCGAGCUGAGCUUCCUGAAAGUCUGUGAUUUUUAUUAAGAACAAGUUCCUAGUCAUUGUUGGGAAGAUAUGCAGGCAGCACUGCUUUGAAGUCUUGGAAGCCAGGUGAGUGACUGACAAAGAUGGAUCAAGGUGGGCUUUGGUGUCUGGUUGUGCUCCUUGCCUUCCUCAUAACCAGCACAGUAAAAAUGGCAGGCAGUAGCAUGCAGACCAAGAAAGCAAUGCUGGCACAUUCCGUUUGCAUUACAGAAUUUGGCUUUUUGGGGGGAGUGAAACGUUGAAAAAACUUUAACACAGUAGACGUAUGGUCUCGCUUUACUGUUUUUAAUUAGGUUCCUAAUAAUGGAUUAGCACUAAGACUUGAUCAUGUGAAAACGGUUGGCCCUUUGCUUAACCAGAAGAUUGAUUUGUUUCACUGUUGCUUUCCCCCCUCCCCGCUGUGAAACUGGUCCAGGAGAAACCAGCUUGCAGCGCAUGGAGGGAGGAUAGCCGGGGAGAAACUUGAGGGAAUUGUGGGGAGGGCAGGCAUGAGGAUCGAGAGAUGAGAAUCCCUUGGCUUUCGCCCACCCCAGGAUGAUUGUUACACAGAUCAUGAUUACAUAGAGCUUUGAUUGUUACAUAGAUCACGUCCUUUCACAAAUAUAGGAAUAAUGCAGUAGCUCCCAAGUAUACCCCAGUCAGAAGCAAUUGACACUUGUUGGAUCAUGUCAGUGCUGGCAGGAAUUUCUUACUCUCGGAAGAGAGACAAAACCGUAAGAACAGUUCAUAGGAUAAGUUGUCUUUGGACAGUCCUUGACUAGUGGUCCAGUCCUAACACUGACAGAUGUAUGCGCAAAAGUAUGGCUGUUACAAAGCCCGUGGAAGCAUAAAGGUCCUCCCUGUCACUAUGCAGUGGACUGGAUGUAGGGGUGCUCUCUUCUUUGUCACCUCGGACGGUGGUCUUCCAGGCCCCCCACAGCUUAAUGUGCCUGACAGGAAGAGAUGUGAUGUCAGUGUCCCAGCUUGAGAAGAGUGGCAGCUGAAAUUACUAUGACCUCACCAGUCUUCAGGCUUGGACCAAGAGAGCUGGGGACAGGAAAUACAAGGAGGCGUAAAAGGAACAAACCAUGGAGGAGUUUUGUCCACCAAGCGAUCUCCUCUCGCUGUUCUUCGGCUGCUCUGUGUGCAUGGAAAGAGAAGGAACGAGAAGCGGUGCCUUUGCUCAUGUUAGCAGCAAGGCCUUCCAAAAGGCAGACUCAAAAAGUCUCAUCUGUACAGGUACGCAAUCUGACAGAUAGGGCUCUGGGAACCAACCUAUGGGUUGAAGAAUAUUGCGCUGAGGCAGACGGUUGUCUUUCUCUUGUGAAAAGAGAGGUUGGAAGGUGCCCAGACUUUCAAUGGUCCAAAGAUCCUGGCUUGGCCUGCUUCACUGGUACUGCACGGCCUUUAAUUGUUUUCCUUGCAAAUGAAACUGGGAAACAGUUGCCACUCUUCAUUACCUUGGUUAGAGAAAUGGGAUAGAAUCUUGUGUGCUGGAUCAAGCUGCCUGGUGGUUCAUAGGCCAUCCGUGCCACAAUGAAUCUCUUGUUGCGUUCCCAUCUGAAGUUCUCUUUCUUGGCUGCUCUGCACCCCUCCCUCUCUUCGAAAGCCUCAUUUCUGUGUGGGUGGGUGAGUGUACGGUGGAGAUUUUUUGCACUGUUUGAAUGUGGCAUCUGCCUGUUUGGCCAAGACCACUUGCUUCAACAGUUCCUUCGGUUGUGAGAUUCUCCUGUUAUGAAACAGCUUUUUAUUAAUGUACUUUUAAAAAACAUUGUGUACUUCAGUAAAUUUGUACAGUUUGUCUUUUAGCCUUUUCAAGAAGCAUUUAGUCUUUUCCUAUAGAUACUGUGCAAACAUAAAGAAGUUGCAUAGGGA